AGCUCUUUUCAGCCCGGUCUGUAUUAAAUCCUUGUAGUUUAAGGUGCCCCAUGUAAAGUAAGCAGAGGCCAGGGGAGUUGGUGUAAUCCGAUUCCAGUGAGCUAGGGGCCAGGAUUUCACUGUAACUUUGCUGCGGCUUCCCUAGUUCCCGGCGGAUCGGCACGAGCAGAAGUUGGCCGCCCCGGGCAGCCCUAGGAGGAGGCUGUGUGUACCCCUGACCUGGCCACCUCUUCCACACGGCGUCUCGGACCGUGCGGGGCGAUUCAGCCCAGUCACCCUGCGGCGGCCGCAGCGCACGCCAGGCAGCCAGUCCCCUAGCAGGAGCAGACGUCCAAGGUGCAAAGGCAGCCAAUGGCAGGGGCCGCAGACAUCACCACACCAAGCGACUGAAGCACUGAUCAAAGGGGAGAGCCUGGCUGAAGAGCAACCAGCCAGCCUGUGAUGGCAAAUAAUCCUUGUACCAGGUAACAUUCCAUGCAGGCUCUGUGUGUCCGCUGGAGUCGGUCCCUGACAGUGACUCUGGAAAGAAGAAAAAAGAAUCACUAUCACAGCUAUGGCAACACCAAAGAAAGUUCUGCUCUCCUCUCCUCCCGACGGAGGCUGGGGAUGGAUGAUUGUUGUUGGCUGCUUCCUCGUUACUAUCUGCACUAGGGCUGUAACAAGAUGUAUCUCAAUUUUCUUUGUGGAGUUCCAGACAUACUUUGCUCAGGAUUAUGCCCGAACAGCUUGGAUCCAUUCCAUUACAGACUGUGCCACGAUGCUGUGUGCCCCACUUGGAAGUUUUAUCAGUAACCAUCUAUCAUGUCAAGUGGGCAUCAUGCUCGGAGGACUGCUUGCAUCUGCUGGACUGAUCCUGAGUUCAUUUGCCACAAGCCUGGAACACCUCUACUUUUCAUUAGGAGUACUUACAGGACUUGGAUUUGCACUUUGUUAUUCUCCAGCCAUAGCAAUGGUGGGAAAAUAUUUCAACAAAAAGAAAGCACUGGCUUAUGGGAUAGCCAUGUCAGGGAGUGGAAUCGGUACCUUCAUUCUGGCCCCUGUGGUCCAACUCUUGAUUGAACAAUUUUCUUGGCGUGGAGCCUUACUCAUCCUGGGCGGUUUUGUUUUAAAUCUCUGUGUCUGUGGUGCCCUGAUGAGGCCUAUUACUCUUAAGGAGGACCAUAAACACCCUCCUGAGUUUCUUGAACAGGAGUAUGUCUCAGAAGCACAGAAGCAAGAUUUAAAGCAAUUGUCCAUCUGUUCACCUUUAAUCAAACCAUGGUCCCAUGAAUGUCUGUGCUGCUGCUCCUGGCAAGAAUACAACUUCUUACUGAUGCCAGACUUCAUGAUGCUAGCAGUGUCUGUUUUAUUUAUGGCAUAUGGCUGUAGCCCUCUUUUUGUCUACCUAGUGCCUUAUGCUUUGAGCGUUGGUGUGAAUCAUCAGCAGGCUGCCUUCCUUAUGUCCAUACUUGGUGUCAUCGAUAUCGUUGGUAAUAUCACCUUUGGAUGGUUGACAGACAGAAGGUGUCUGAAGAAGUACCGCUAUUUUUGCUACCUCUUUGCUGUGGGAAUGGAUGGCCUCUGUUGUCUCUUCCUUCCCGUUCUCCAAAGUUUCCCCAUGCUUGUGCCAUUCUCAUUUACCUUUGGGUAUUUUGAUGGAGCCUACGUUACAAUGAUCCCUGUCGUGACAGCAGAUGUAGUGGGAACUGCUUCCUUAUCAUCAGCCCUAGGAGUAGUUUAUUUUCUUCAUGCAUUCCCUUAUCUAGUGAGUCCACCUGUUGCAGGUUGGCUGGUGGAUACAACCGGCAGCUACACUGCAUCAUUCAUUCUGUGUGGAUUUUCCAUGAUAUUCAGUUCAAUGUUACUGUGCUUUGCUAGACUAGCAAAGAAAAUCAAAAGGACACAGCUGAGGUCUCUUACCAGAGAUACUGACACAAAACAGCAGAUCUGGACAAAUGGAGCAACAGCUUAUUCUGUGUCUGGAGAUUUAGACCAAAAGGAUGUAGAAAUAUUGGCCACUGAGGCAAAUAGAUGACAAGUGCCAUCAAGCUUUGGUAUGCAGCACAGUCAUGGCUAAAAGAGAUGUGACUGCACAUGCUACACUCUUGAAGAUAUAUUUUCCCAAUACAAUGAAAGAAACAAGACAUCUUUCAACUAGAUUUUUCUCUCAUAUUUUAUUAGGGUAAAAACUGUGGUUUAUACAGCUCUAAAGCAAAGUUAGAUACAAAUGAGGAAAGUUCUUCAGUUAACAUAUGCAGGAUAUUUUCUGAGUCAGUAAUGCUGGCUCCAGAGAUAACAGGAUGAAUCUACUGAGGUAAUUGAUCAUAAUCAGUGGGGGAAGGGAUAGCUCAGUGGGUUGAGCAUUGGCCUGCUAAACCCAGGGUUGUGAGUUCAAUCCUUGAGGUGGCCAUUUAGGGAUCUGGAGCAAAAACUGGGGAUUGGUCCUGCUUUGAGCAGGGGUUUGGACUAGAUGACCUCCUGAGGUCCCUUCCAACCCUGUUAUUCUAUGAUUCUAUGGAUUUACAUGACCAUCACAAAGCAAAACGGAACUUAGGUUGAAAACUGUUUUAAAAACAGGACUGAUGAAAUAAGCUUUUCAAAUGAUGCACUCUGUUUUGUUUAUCAGUGGACUGACCAACAAAAAAAUGUUCCAAACUUAUUGGCCAUUGCCAAAUGUUUGAAAGUCACUGUCACUGAAAAUGCCAAUGUCAUUGUUAAGGAAUUCUGUGGGAGAGUUGUGUUUUAGACUAUAUAGAACAUUAUUUCAAAGUAUCUCUGAAGCAGCUUUAAUUUUACAGUGUGCCUCUAAAUUUUGAACAUAACUAGAAUUCAGCUUUAUGAGAAAUACGAUUCUUACAGCUCUGUUCCCAAACCUGCUACAAGAUGUUUGCUCUCUCCCACUUCAAAGGUUCCUGGAAACUGGAUUUCUAGGGGAUAGAGUUCCAGUUCAGGUAUUAUUCCUUGUUGCUGAUCCCUUUUGUGAGCAGAUGGGAAGGGAGUCUGUGACUGCCAUCCCAGCUGGGCUCUGGAGCCCAGUGUGUUUGGUUUGUCCUUCCAGGGUUUUUAUGCAUGGUACCAGGCAUACUGAAAUGUAAAGCAGCCAAAGCAAAUUCUCAUUGCCUGAAAUCCAAACCAGACCCAACCCAGAGAGGUCCUUCUCCUCUCUAGAACUCCAGGGGCCAGAUCCUCAGUGGAUGUGAAUCCGUGAUUUACAACAGAUGAGGAUCUGGCCCUAGUUAUUUUUGGCUUGUUUGUGCCAGAAGACAACUGCUGACAUUUACUGCUGAUUCAGACUCAUUGUGUUGGAAAAAAACAAUACAAUUGGGUGCUUCAGAAAAGCUAUGGAGUAAAUGUAGCUUGUGGGGUACAUUACUGAUACAUUCAUCUAUUAGAUAAUGGUACACGUCUACAUUUCCAAAAUGUAACAGACAGGUGACAUCUAAACUCUGAAAUGAAGGUUGUUUCUAUGUUUUGAUACUGUAUAAGGUUGUGUUCUGUUUGUUCUCAAAUUGAUUAGCUCUCAAAGAAUUUUCAUUACCACUGAACUAGUAUUUUUCUUUGCCAUCUACAAUGUAUUCAGGAAAAAGAAAAGGAGGACUUGUGGCACCUUAGAGACUAAUACAUUUAUUUGAGCAUAAUAAUAAUAAUGUUAGUCUCUAAGGUGCCACAAGUCCUCCUUUUCUUUUUGUGGAUACAGACUAACACGGCUGCUACUCUGAAACCUGUCAAUGUGUUCAGCAGUUGCUCAUUAUUUCCUAGUCCUGUAAAUGUGAGAAGGGAAAGUGACAGUGAUCACAGUCUAUAAAGCUGUUUGAGAUCAUCAGGAGCUGACGGUACAUACUUUAGGGGCAUAAAACUAUAUUUUUUUUACUAUUUUUAUAAAUAGAACAUGAGUUGACUAGAUUUAUUUGUCAUGCAUAUUUCAGUAUAAAAUAUUGAGGCAUAAUUUAACCUCACUGUUAGUGUUCUGAGAAGGUAUUUAUUAUGGGUACCAUGUUACAUAAAGCUAAAGAGCCUGAUUCUGCAGUCCAAUUUAGCUGCACAGAGCAUAGGUAAGGGGGUUGUAUGCAAAGGUAGCUUAAAAGUAACCUUUGCACUUCACUGAUACUACAGCAGCUCUGUGAAAGGGCUGGUACCCCAGUCACGGGCUGCAAAAGGCCCAGGGCUGAAGACACAGCCAGACAUCCACAUAUAGCAUAAGGGUGUCCCAACCACAUCCCCUUUCUCCUUGCUGCUCUGAUAAUACAGAGGGAGAAUGUAGUUUGCUGACUCUAUGCCACUUGAGGAUCACUCUUUCAAAGGUGACCCUCUAUGGGCCAGUUAUGCCAGUAGUGCAAUGCAUAGUGGGCAUACCACGCCGGUGAAUCUGGCCCAUGGCUUUAACAUGAUCCUUUUCUCUUUAGAAGCCUGUAGUUUUGUACUCUUUCAGUUCUUUGCAGUUUAUUUAGUAGUGUAUUAUCAUUGCUGCAGAGGAGCUAGAAAGGCUACUAAAAAGUGUAACCCCCCCCACCCCCAAAAUGGGUAUUAAAUGGAGGAAAUCACACCUGGAAUUCUGGUUUAAAAUCAAUGGAAUAUUGCCCAACAAUAAAUUUCAGGCAGGAUUCAGGUUAUAAGUAUGGUACAGCAGACAUAUCUUAAGCAAAAAGAGACAUUUUUGAAUAAGAAUGGCCAUACUGGGUCAACCAAAGGUCCAUCUUGCUCAGUAUCCUGUCUUCUGACUGUGGCCAGUGCCGGAAUGAACAAAACAGGGCAUUAUUACUGAAUGAUCCAUCCCCUGUUGUCCACUCCCAGUUUCUGGAAGUUUAGAGACAUCUGCAGCAUAGAGUUGCAUUCCUGACCAUCUUGGCUAAUUCUUUUUUAAUUGAGUUAUAGUUUUUGCCUUCACAACAUCCUCUGGGUACUGUGCAUUGUGAAGUACUUCCUUUGUUUUGUUUAAACCUGAUGCCUAUUAAUUUCAUCAGGUGAUCCCUAGUUCUUAUGUUAAAGGGUAAAUAACACUUCCUAAUUCUCUGUCUCCAUACCAUUUGUAAUUGUAUAGACCUCUAUCAUAUCCCCCCUUCAUUGUCUGUUUUCUAAGCUGAACAGUCUCAGUCUUUAUAAUCUCUUUUCAUACAGAAGCUGUUUCAUACCGCUAAUAAUUUUUGUUGCCCUUCUCUGUAAGUGAAGAAACAGAUUGACAGAGCCAGAAGAGUACCCAGAAGUCACCUACUACAGGACAGGCCCAACAAAGAAAAUAACAGAACGCCACUAGCCGUCACCUUCAGCCCACAACUAAAAUCUCUCCAACGCAUUAUCAAGGAUCUACAACCUAUCCUGAAGGACGACCCAUCACUCUCACAAAUCUUGGAAGACAGGCCAGUCCUUGCUUACAGACAGCUCCCCAACCUGAAGCAAAUACUCACCAGCAACCACACACCACACAACAGAACCACUAACCCAGGAACAUAUCCCUGCAACAAAGCCCAUUGCCAACUGUGUCCACAUACCUAUUCAGGGGACAACAUCAUAGGGCCUAAUCACAUCAGCCACACUAUCAGAAGCUCUUUCACCUGCACAUCUACCAAUGUGAUAUAUGCCAUCAUGUGCCAGCAAUGCCCCUCUGCCAUGUACAUUGGUCAGACUGGACAGUCUCUGCAUAAAAGAAUAAAUGGACACAAAUCAGACGUCAAGAAUUUAUAACAUUCAAAAACCAGUCAGAGAACACUUCAAUCUCUUUGGUCACUCGAUUACAGACCUAAAAGUUGCAAUUCUUCAACAAAAAAACUUCAAAAACAGACUCCAAUGAGAGACUGCUGAAUUGGAGUUAAUUUGCAAACUGGAUACAGUUAACUUAGGCUUGAAUAGAGACUGAGAGUGGAUGGGUCAUUACACAAAGUAAAACUAUUUCCGCAUGUUUAUUUCUCCCCCCCACCCCCCACUGUUCCUCAGACGUUCUUGUUAACUGCUGGAAAUGGCCCACCUUGAUUAUCACUACAAAAGGUUCCCCUCCCCCUGCUCUCCUGCUGGUAAUAGCUCACCUUAAGUGAUCACUCUCGUUACAGUGUGUAUGGUAACACCCAUUGUUUCAUGUUCUUUGUGUAUAUAAAUCUUCCCACUGUAUUUUCUACUGAAUGCAUCUGAUGAAGUGAGCUGUAGCUCACGAAAGCUUCUGCUCAAAUAAAUUGGUUAGUCUCUAAGGUGCCACAAGUACUCCUUUUCUUUUUGCGAAUACAGACUAACACGGCUGCUACUCUGAAACCUGUACCUUUUCCAUAUCUAAUAUUGUUUUUGAGACAGGGCAACAGAACUGCACACAGUAUUCAAGGUGUGGGCAUACCAUGGUUUUAUAUAGUGGUAUUAUAAUACUUUCUUUUAUAAUCUAUCCUUUUCCUAUUGGUUCCUUACAUUCUGUCGCCUUUUUUGACUGCUGCUGCACAUUGAUGGGAUGUUUUCAGAGAACUAUGCUGUCAUUCAAAACACCUAUACAUCAAAGAGUUUGGAAAAUCUCAGGUAAGAUUCUAACUCCUGUCUUCACUCUGUCCCCUUCCGUUUGCCCAUAUUCUGCUUACUGGAGAGACUCCCAGAAGCUGCCAUAAAAAAGAAACCUAAUGCAUUGUUGUUGUGUGUGUAAAUUGUGCUAGGAAAAUAAGUUUGUUGCUGGAUGAUCUAAUCCACAGUCCUUCUUUCAGACUCUGUUGGGCUGCCCUUUCGGGCAAUCCAAAUAGGACUACUCACAUGAGUAAGAACUACUUGCCUGAGUAAGGCUUUGCAAGAUCAGGCUCCACUUUUGUAUUUUAAGGAAAAAAUAAAAGGCAUUUGCAGCCACACUUGUUGAUUAAUUUUGUUUUGUUUGUACAUUUGGGGAUGUAAAUAUGGAGGUAGAAAAUAUGAUGGUAGACUGUUAAAAUGGCAGUGUGUUCAGGGACUCUAAAAUUGGCUGUAGAAUACAUUGCUAUCAACACACUUACCCCGAAAUGCUGAAUAAAAGUUUGACUCUAUAACUAUUUAUGACCAAAAUAGGUCAUAUAUUCAACAUCUUGGGAAAAUGUAUUGAUAGGAAUGAAUAAGAGUAUUUAUUGUAUUAUAGAUCUUCAGUAUUUCAUAAUAGUAAGUGAAACUUUUCAAAGACAUUUACGUUGAAAAAAGUGCAGUAAUGAUUACACUCCCUCACAAGAUUAAAAUACAGCACAGUCAAAAUAUCAGUGCUUUGUUUAUGUAUUGUUAAAUUGAAAUAUAUAUGUUUAUAAAUUGUGUGCAUCUUGUUUACCAGCAUCUUGGCAGAUAGUGAAUGUAGCAUGUGUUGGUACUGUUAUACCAGAGACUAAAUAAAAACACAUAUUGCUCACAAGAAGUCAGCUUUUAUUCAACUUAUCUUCUAGUGUCUGAUUCUGCUCCUGCUUAAGCCAAAGGGGAAAAUCCCAGUUAUGAGAAUGAUAUUUAAAUAGCACUGUGCAAACACAUAGCAAGAAACAGUCCCCCUUCUGAAGAGUUUAUGGAGACAUAGAAAGGUGAAGUGACUGCCAGUAGCAGAGCCAGGAAUAGAACCCUGGUCUCUUAGGUAUUAUUCCAAGAUCCUAUCCAAAAACUGGGGUAUAAUGUUGUCCCUGAACAACUCCUUCUUCUGCAUUGGAGAAGAUUGAAAUCUCUUGAUUACUAUAUCCACAAGACUUUGUAAAUGGCAGAUAAUAUAUACUUAUUUAGUUAAGUAAUAAUAAAUGGAACUGCUCACCAAGUAAGGUACCAUUCAAUGUGAGUAAGAGUGGCAGAAUCUGGUCCUUAAUCAGUUGAAAGAUGUUGCUAUAUUUGCAGUCCUUUCAUGUGUUAAUUUUGUAUUUUCUUUUGUUUUGUGCAGGUGCAACUUGUAGACAAAAAUGCAUGUUUGUGUAUGGCAGCUUUUUAUAGCAUAAAUAUUGGCACCUUAUACAUGCCCAGAGAAUGCAAUGUAAAUCUUGAUGGAAUAAUAACUAGAUGGGUUGAUCUCUAAGAACACAACUUUUUAGGAGACUGGUUCAUGAGGUUAGCUUGCAUAACUAAAUGUGUGCUUAGGAACAAUUCCUAUGUUUGGUAAAGCAGUAUUUAAUAAAAUUAAAGGCCCAGUCCAGUACCCUCUUGUUCACAGGAAGAGUCCUUACUCAUGCAAGUAAUUCCACUGUCUUCAAGGAAGCCUUUUGUAUGAGUAAAAAGUGUUCAGGAAUGGUAACUAACUUUGAAAAUUUGAAUUAAAAUUAAGCUUGCUUUUACAAUCA